AUGAGAAGUGGAGGACGAAAGAGCGCGGGUAGUGGUGGAGUCUUUAAGAGAGGGGCGAAGUGCGGUUUUCCGGCGAGCGGAGAACCAGCCGAGAAGGGUGGUGGUGAUGGUGUGAGGUGGCGGCGGAGGAAGAGAGAGGUGGGAGGGGAGGGAGAUGAAGGAAGUGAUGGUGGCGGUGAGAAUUGGACCAGUAGCGGUGGAGGAGGUGGUGGAGUCGUCGGAGAGGGGAUUGUGGGUCGAAGGGGUAACAUGGCCGAAGAGGUAGCCGUGGAGGUCGCCGGUGGCAGCGGAUGCACGGUGGAGGAGGGAGGCCAAAGUGGCGCCAGAUAA